GCGAAAUGUUGUCAAAUUUUUGAUUGAUUUAUUGAUUGAUUGAUUGACCAGCUUGUUGGAUUGAUUGAGGGAGAGGGAGAGACGGAAAGACAGGGGGAGAGAGACAGACGCAGACUCAGAGGACAUUCGAUCUGAUCUCCCGUGGCCCCUUGUUGUUUGAUUGGGCGGUUUUCAUUGUCCAUAGGAUGCCUAAAGGAGGUGCAGAUGCCAUUAAGCGGCACUUCGUGCAGGGCGAAGUUGUGGGGGCUGCGGACAAGGGCAACUACAGAUGGAAGUGCAGGUACUGCGAACAUGAGGUCCCGGGCACUGCGAAGCACUACGCUGAGCACUUUAUGUCGACGACAAAGGGGCCAAGAUGUAACAUGGCGAGAGUGAGAGGUAAACUGUCGGCAGAGGAGAAAGAGAGGAGAGAGUUGGGCCGACUUGAGGCUAUUGCUCUGGUUUUGGGAAAGCGGCAAGCGCAUGAGGCUGUUGACGAAUUUGACGAAUGUCGUUCAGACGAGAGGAGCAUGGACAAGCAAGCUGUGGGGGAGGACGAUGAGUGCAAUAGCCCAACCUCUCCGGAGGCCAAUACCCGAAAGCAGCCAAACAACGUGCAUUCAUCCAACAUCCGGGGACGGCAAACCACGCUCGAAGAGGGUGGGGCAAUCGUGUCAAAGAAUGAGGAAGCCCAACGGUCAAUUGAUGAUUGGUUGGUGUUUGAUCGGAUCCCAUUCACGAUGGUGCGCAGCAAGUACUUCUUGAGGAUGUUGCAGAAGGUUCGUGAAGCGGGGCGGUCCUUCAUCCUUGCGAAGUACGAUGUGCAGCGAACGAAAAGAUUAGACCUCAGCGAGGCGCGUGUGGCGCAGGGAAUAGCACAGCAACAAAAACGAUGGGCACGCACGGGCUGCAUGCUCCAAUUGGACGGGUGGACUGAUCGGAGAGGACGGCCACACUUGAAUGUGAUGGUCUCCUUUCCGACCAGUGUUGUUUUUUGGAAAUCCCACUCCAUGUCGGGAAAGGAUAAAGGAGCGGAGGCUUACUUCAACAUUUUGUCGGAGGCAAUCAAGGAGGUCGGUGAGAAAGUUGUCGUCAGUGUCAUCAUGGACAAUGCGGCUGUGUGUGCAAGAGCGGGCAGGCUGGUGGAGGACACAUUUCCCACCAUCUUUCAUGUACCAUGCGCAGCGCAUUGCCUAGACCUCAUGCUGCACGACAUUGGGCGGACAGAUUGGGUGAAGGAGGUUGUGGGAAAGGGCAAUAACUUGGUGAAGUUCUUCAUGAACCACCAACGCGUACGUGACAUCUUCUACGUGCACUCCGGCGGGAGGCAGCUGUUGCGACCUGCUGCAACACAGGUCGCUACAAAUUUCCAUAUGCUCGACCGCUUAAAAAAGCAACGCAAUGCAGUGGUUGCCACGGUCAGUCAUAAUGCUCGCUGGAAGCCGACCGUGGUACCUCAUGCGCAGCGCGACACAUUCUACGAGAUGGAGGAGAUCGUCCUUGAUGGAGCGGGCUUUUGGGAGGGCGUCAACAAAGUCACCUCCGCUGUUUAUGACAUUGUCCUGCCGCUGAAGGUGGUGGAUGGCACUGGACCCACUGUCAGCAAAGUGUAUGUGAAGAUGGAUAAGGCGAUGCCCGAGAUGGGCCACGAUGUGAUUGACUGGGAUGACCCGCCAACCGAGGAAGAGCACAAGGAGCAAGCUGAGCGGGCAAAGUUCGCUGAACGCAGAUUGAAGCGGAUCGAGUCGACUGGGGAGGAUGCUGCUCCACCUGCUGAUGAAGGGGGUGAAGAAGGUGGUGAUGAGGCUGCUGAUCAUCGCUGUGAGCCAUGCGAAUUGAAUGCCAUUGAGAAUGGGCAAGAGGAGGACUGGAAAGGACUAACGAAGGCAGGCAUGUAUAUGGCCUCACGUUCGCAGAGACAAGUGCGCAAGAAGGCACGGUCCUUGGGAACAGCGGAGCAUAUGCGCAAACAUAUGAAGGGAGGUGGUGGAGCAAAUCCUCCUGGUGCUGCAACAGCAGCGCAGGUUGUGCAGCAAGAAAAACGCCCAAGAGGCAGGCCACGAAAAAACAGCAUGGCCCCUGAGAAUGGAGAAGCUUCGAAUGUGGCUGCUAUAGAGGAACAGGGCACCAAAAGCCAAGCAGAUGCAGAGGAGUGCAGCGGCAGCKAGRACGAGAAUGAAGRAGAGGGGGGUGGAGGUGGUGGAGCAAAUCCUCGUGGUGCUGCGACAGCAGCGYAGGUUGUGGAGCAAGAAAAACGCCCAAGAGGCAGCCUGCAAAAGAACAACUUGGCCCCUGAGAAUGGAGAAGCUUCAAAUGUGACUGCUAUAGAGGAAUGGGGCAAAAAAAGCCAAGCAGAUGAAGAGGAGUGCAAUGACAGCGAGGAGGAGCACGAAGGAGAGGAGCGUGAAGACCACGGUCUUCAACGAAAGAGGCGUUGUGAUAGGAGACAAUGUGAACAGGGCACUGAUGUCGCUACAUCUGAAUAUGGCACAAGCGACGAAGAAUGCCCUAUCAGUGAUAAAUGCCAAAAGGGGUGAGAGAGAGAGAGAGAGACCGAGAGUAAUUUGAGUUGUCAACUGUCAUUCACAGUGAAUGACAAAGAGACCCGGUCGGGACGCCUGAACUUU